AUGGCUUGCAAUACCUGGAUGAGCAGUCUGAUACGGUCUGAGGGCUUUAAAAAGUACCGCUGUUGCUUCUUCAACAUCUUCUGGUUGGGAACAAAUUCUAUGAAAUUGGAUCAAUUGAGAUUUAAUAAUCACCCGAAAGAAUACAUGGCAUCAAUUCAGGAUAAAGUUGCUGCCUUUAAUGUUGUUGGGACAUUAUACAGUCCAUUGAAUCGACCUCCAGAUCACAGAGUGAUCAACAGGCCACAAGAUGUACAAAACAGCAAGGUACAAAGCAAAGACAUCUGGAGCCACAUCAUCACUGUUCUACAGACACAAGUGAAGGUUAAGAGACGCAGACAGCACCUGAAAUCCCACGAUAACUGCUUUCUGGGCUCUGAUGCAGUGGAUGUCAUCCAGGCUUAUCUGGUCCAGGAUAAAGUUCUUGGAAAUGCUCAGGUCUCCAGAGCCAAAGUGGCUCGGGUGUGUCAGGUACUGCUGGACUGUAAGGUGUUUGAGGCAGUAGGAACCAAAGUUCUGGGGAAGGCCAGUAAACCAGGAGGGUUCCAGGAUAGCAGCAGCAGCCUCUAUAGAUUCCUGAAUAUGGAGAGUCCAUCCCUGGACAUGUUUGAAAUGGCCCUUUUGUCUCCUAGUGAAGAGAGUUUGAUGAACGUCACACCGUGCAGGCAGGACAUUCUAUUAUUCUCCCAUAGUACACCUGUAAAACCAGGCCACGCGUUGGAUCUUCUCAUGGGGAAGCUGGACUUGACUGGACUUGUUGGUUCUCCACCCACUGAAGGUCUUCCACCAUCUGUGGUCAGGGAGGUGUGGCACGAGCAGACCGUACGGCGGUUGUCACAGUUGAUAGAUCUCCCUCUGCUGGAGGGAGUGUUGAACUGUGCAAAGAUUGUUUCUCCUCCAUCUCGUGGUAGUAAUAAUGAACCUGACCUGCUCUACACAAGUAACUACCUCGACAGAGAAGUUCUCAAGGCCUUCAAAGACUCACAAGCUGAUGUUUGGCUAUCGGCAGCCAUAGACCUGUUAGAUUUCCUGCCCGAUCAGCUUGUGGUGGAAGUAAGUAGAGAACUGCCCAGCUUCUGUGAGGAAGAGGAUGGCGAGGAAGGCCAAGUCAGAUCCUCAGGCAUCGAUGAGUGUAAAUACCUGCUGUUUCACAUCCUGGAUAAACAUUACGGACACAUGGACCACGAGCCCCUCCUCUGUGACAGCAUGGCUGAUGUUUACAUCGAGAUCACAGAACUUCUGGUAAACGGGAAGUUUGAACGAGCUCUGGAAGUCUUGCAGCUUACACUGAAGCUGCUGUCUGCAUCUGCACGAGAGGAACUGCGCAGACUGCUGGAGUUUAUGGCAGCAGCUGCAGACCCUGCAGAUGUCCAGCUGCACAAAGAGAUUGAAAAUCGGGUGGUUGUGAAGAGGACCUUCACCAGAGCUAUCAUCCUGACCAAGGGUCUGCCCAAAGGAAAUACUGAUCUACUGCUGCUCUUCAUGCUCGACAAUCAUCAGGAGAUCUUCAAGAUUCCAGGUUCUCUUCACAAACUGGUUAGUGAAAAACUGGAUGACAUUGUGAAACACAGAGAUUCUUCCACGGCUGAUGCCAGAUUUUGCCAGCAAGUACCCAAGGAUGUGUACACUGAGACCAUGAAAGAGUCGACUAAAAAUGAGCUGUACUCUCUGCUGAAAAACAUUGACGAAAACACAAAGUGUUCACUGAAAGAGAAGAAACGACUCCUGGCACAGUUUUAUAAGGGACACCCUGACAUCUUUGCACAGUAUUUUGGGUCUAGACUGAGCACUCUUAACCUUCUUGAAAUUUAAACUAUUGCUGUUUCCUUUGUGUUUUUGUAGUUGUGUACUGUAUAUCUAAAUAAAUCUAAAUAAAUGUAUUUAAGUUUUGAAUAAGAAUGGAGCAUGUGUCUUUUAGUAUAAAUUUAAUAAUUCAAUAAAAUUAAGUGUCUUCUAGCUCAUGAUGCUUAAUAUUCUGUAUAACAGUAAAUACUGUUUCUAAAUCCAAAGA